AUGGCUUCCUCGCUCCCCGCGAUAGGUGCCGGGGACAGUGGAGGGGCCGAGCCCAGCUCCGGGGACGAAGACGGAGCCGCCGCGGCCGCGCUGGGGGACUCUCCCGGCUCCGACUCGGAGGGCCGCUCGUCGCCGCGGCUCCUGCCGGGCCUGCCCGAGCAGUUCGAGCGAGCGGCGCAGCGGGUGCCGGCCUUGACUGCGGUGGCCCCCAAGGAGCAGCUGCUCUACCUGUACGCGCGGUACAAGCAGGUAAAAUGUGGUAGCUGCAACACCCCUAAACCUGGAUUUUUUGACUUUGAAGGAAAGCAGAAGUGGGAAGCUUGGAAAGCAUUGGGUGAUACAAGUCCUGAGCAGGCAAUGCGAGAGUAUAUUGCCACUGUGAAGAAACUGGACCCCUCUUGGAAUCCCCAGGUAGUAGAAAAGAAAGGGAAAGAAGGCAAAGCUGGCUUUGGAGGUCCUGUUGUCAGCUCACUCUAUCAGGAAGAAACCAUCAGGGAGGAAGAUAAGAACAUAUUUGACUACUGCAGAGAGAACAACAUUGAGCAUGUAACCAAAGCCAUCCGAACAAAAAAAGUGGAUGUGAAUACAAAAGAUGAGAAGGGGAGAGCUCUCCUCCACUGGGCAUGUGACAGAGGACACAAGGAGCUGGUCUCCAUACUGCUGCAACAUACAGCUGAUGUUAACAGCCAGGACGAUGAAGGCCAAACGGCGUUGCAUUAUGCUUCGACCUGUGAGUUUUCCGACAUCGUGGAGCUGCUGCUGAAGUUUGGAGCGGACCCUACAGUUCGGGACACAGAGGGCUACCUUCCUGAGGAGGUGACGGACUGCAGAGCAAUCACCUUCAUACUGCAGAAGCACACCGCUAGCAAUGCUUAGCCCGGAAGGCCAAGGAAGGGCAGAUGGCCCCCAGCCCAGGACUUUUAAAACAGACACACAUUGCAAUAAGGCCUGCCCUUCUCCCAAAUAAUCUUCUUUGGUAUGCAUG